CUCCGAAAACCUACAAUUUAAGUUCCAAUUCUCAAUUUGUCUCGAAAUCCCAUUCUACAGCUCUACAACUUCACGAAUUCACAAGCAAUCCAUUAUGAGCGCUUCAAAGAACGACGCUGCCGUUGCCAACCAAGAGGGCCAGUUCGGCUCGCGAGUGCCCGGCUCUGAGCCUCUCCAGACGGGCGGUCACAAGCCAGGUGUCCUUGCCUCAGAGAGCGACCGCGCCCCCGAGUUCUCCGCCCAAACCCUGCCGCCAGGCUCUGCACCCGCCAACGCAACCUACGAGCCGAACCCGGACCUCAACAACCAGAAGAUGUACCAAAAGGCGUCGGAAACCAUCCAGGGCGCCGACUCGUCCGACGUGCACACCGGUCUCGGCCAUCCCGGCCAGGGCGAGACUUCCACCGAGCUCCGACAUGACGGCCAGCACGGUAGGAAGAAGCAAGGUCUGGGAACCAUCGGACUGGGUACGACGGAGGAGAAGGGCGAUGUUGUUCAAGGUCGGGAUCCUGAGUUCGCGCACCAGAGGAAUUUGCCAGAGGAUGUGCCGAGUGGACAGCGCGGGAAUAUAGGUGGUCCGCCGGCUGAGGAGAGGGUGCCUGAGAGCGCCGAGACGGUUGCGGUCGAGAAUAAGCUUAAUCGGUAAACGGACUGAAGGAUAUGGCGUGUAUGGGAUGCCCUUAACCGGGAAUCUGCUUAGUACUCGGAUACGGAUUUGAUGACAGCUUGAAAGGCUGAUCCGUCAUGUAAAGUCCAAAAAUCUGGAAUGCAUUUUAAUGACAUGAGUCUA